UUGCUCGUAGUUUGUUAGACAUCCGCGAGAUAUCACUGACGUGGCGGAAAACUUCUUUUAACUUAAUAAACAUUAACAAUAACAUUCUAUCAGUUGUUGAUAACAAAUCUGUGUAUUAAGAUUAGAAAUUUAUUGAAAUUUAAACUAAUUUGUGACUAACAUGAAAUCUAUUCUUUAGACGUUUUAGACAAUGUUUUAAUAAAACGCAGUUAAAUCAAUAAAUGUUAGUAUUGUGAACUGAACAUAACCUCCAAGACAUACACGGACAAAGAAAGAACAAGCAGCAUGGAUGAACCAAAAGUGGCAGUCGAAUGUGUGAUGGUCUCGUACAACUUCACCCAAGACCCUGAAAAGGCGAAGAUCGUAAUGGUCUCGGCGUCCGGACUGAGGUUCUUCGACCGCUGGGUCUUAACCCACGGAUCGAUCCUAGCUCCGUUGAAAGAAGCCGAAAUAUUCCAGCGCUCCAAAGGAAAACUGAUCCUCAACGACGAAUUCUACGCGAAACUACCAGAAGUCUAUGUUUCGGGACAGCACAGCACCCAGGAGAAGAACGUUUACGACAAUCUGGAGGUGCUCAGCAAAAAUAGGCACGCCCAAAACGGGGCUGACUUGGAGCACAGCAGCUAUUUAGUCCGGACGGUGAUGGGCAGGAUAUGUCAUAUAUGGCAAUGUUCAGUUGUCGACCGCUGCGCGUCCGACGUCUUCUACAACUGGUCGAUAGGACACCGCGAGGCUGGCGAGGACGAACAAACGUCCCUGGGGCACUCUCUGCUCUCCGUAUUCGUGCUGAUCGAUCUCGAGGGAUGCGACCAAGAAUUCAAAACACUGAGACCACUAUCGAGUCUGCUGGACAUCGUGCAUCCUCCGCCAGUGCGAGGAUCGCAGCUGCUUGUAUGCUCCACGCCGUUCGGAUGCGAGGCGUUCCUGAAUUCGGAAACUAUUGGAUACAUUUGCGGCGAGGUCGGGGUUCGGCCCUCCUUGAUCCUGACCGAUGCAGCCACUUCUUUGGGGUCCGAGGGUGGCGCUGUAUUCGCUACUGGCAAAUCGUUAAGUUUAAUUGGUAUAGUGGCGUGCAGUGUGUCCUGGUGUCGGGGUGAAUGGGUGGGUCUGACUCUGGUGGCGCCGCUGAUGACAGUACUGUCCGCGAAACUAAACAUGGACAUGGCCAACCUAGCGAGACCUCGGACCAGGGAUCCGUUGAUGACAGUUCUUAACACUGUGGACCGAAUGACCGUAUUGGUACGUUGCGGUUCCACUUGGGGCUCCGGAGUGUAUCUUGGAGAUGGAUACUUCAUCACCUGCUCGCAUUGUCUCAACGAGUACACGAACAGGAGAGUGGAAAUAUACUGCCAAGGGAUCAAGGAGCACGCGGUGGUGGUGUACCGAACUGUCCAGGAUCGGCCUUACGAUCUGGCGGUGCUGUACUCCAGCCCAGCGAAGUGGAAGCAUCUGCAGGUGGCCAAGCUCUCCGACAAUCCGGCUUGGAAAGGAGAGCAAGUGAUGGCGGUCGGGUUCCCGUAUUACAGCGAGCACUCCGUGGACUCGCUGGUGCCCACUAUGACGAAUGGCUACGUCAAUAACGUCUCGCCGUCGAUGAUUCAGACCUCGUGCUGUGUGCAGUCUGGGUUCAGCGGUGGUCCAAUAAUUCGUCUGACCAGUGGCAUCGAAGUGGUCGGCAUAAUUGUGAGCAAUGCCAAGAAUGACGAGAACGCGUAUUACCCGUACGUGAACAUGGCGGUGCCGGCCACGGCCUUCAAGGACUCCGUGCAGAAGUUCAUGAUCAGCAAGGAUCCGAACAGCCUUCAAAAUUUGGAAAAUCAAAGAGAAAUCAUUCAAUCGCAAUGGCGACUGUUGCCGUACCGGUCCAAAAUAUAAACUUAAACAAUGUCUAUAUCCAAUCUCAUACGAUAAUAAAUUAAAAAAUAAUAAUAAUUUAUUAAAAUAAGCAUUAAUACUACAUAGUAGUUUCCGUGAUUUCGAAUCUAGAAAUCGCAAUAGCUCGGAGGUACAGUACCCGACGUUAAAUAUUGCACACCGUCCUAUGAAAAGAGAGGAUCGGUUAUUUUAGGCUUUGUAUAAUAAACGAUGUGCAAUAGUUAACGUCGGGUACUGUAGUUUAGAUUUCCCUGGAAAAAAAAAAUCUUUUUCACAAAAUAUACCGCUUUUGCAUCCUAAAUAUUCCCUUUAUACGGAUCUCUGUAGUGAAAAUGGGCAAGACCCGUGUUUAUUGGUCCGUUUUUCGGCUAUAAAAGUCGUGUGUGUGUGUGGCUCAACUCAUUUUGGUAAUUCAUAUCCAAGAGGCAUAUUGUUGGAUAAACCCUUUUUAAAUAUAUUUUUACGCAAUAAAUUUUGUACAGCUUUAUUUAUUUAUUUAUUAAGUUGCACCAACAAAGUGAUCAUCAAUACAAAACAUUGACCAAUUGACAAAAGUUCAUGGCAGAUGUCACCUCAAUUAUAGGUGCAAUCGACAGUGCAUUAACAACAAAAAUAAAUAAAAUUAAUUUAUAUAAUAAUAUAUUUAGAUGAAGUAGAUGUUAGAGCAUAUAUAGCUUAGAACCUAGAUCGGUAUAUAGAAUACUUCUAAAGACAUCAUGACCCGGGCAACGUUGGGUGUAUCUACUAUGACCAAUACGACAGUGUGUUCGUUGAAUCUAUAUAUUAAUACGUGAAGCAAAAACUUUGUAUCCCUUUUUACGAAAAUUGCGCGGAUGGAGGAGUAUGAAAUUUUCCACACUUAUAGAGAAUAUAGAGAAGAAGUGCACAAUGCUAAUAUUUUUUUAAAUAAUACAUGAAAGAUACUUUAAAUCAAUAAAGAAAACAUUACACACACUACAUACUAUUUAUUGUCAAACUUUUGUUCUUGAUGUCUGCGGUCAAAUUGAGAAGAGAUUAAAUAUUGUUUGUUUUGUUAAUAUUUUUUAUAGUGUAGUCUUGGCGAAAUUUGUGAUUAUAGAAGUAUAAAAUAGAAUCAUAAUAGUGUACAAACUUACAAUUCCAAUUAAUUAUAGUCGAAUUUCGACUACUGCGGGACCUCUAGUUUUUAUAAAAACGAAUAUACAAGUUGACGGGUCGUUUAUGGUCCAGAGUGUGACACAAGAAAUUCUUUGUCCCGGGAAAAUCAACGUAUUUAAUUUUGUUGCGAAUUUGACGCGGAUAAAACCGCGGCGCACAUAUGUGCGACUAUUUAUAUCAAUAAAUACAUACUUCUUUCAAUAAUUAAUCAAGAAAUCAUAGAAUUCAUAACCUCAGGAAAAGUUGAAAAAAACAUCAAGAAUCCGUGUUUAAGUAUAUGUCACGCAAUGAAUGGGAUAGUAGAUGAAGUAACAUAAUAUGCCAGUCUUUAAUUAUAAUCGUAGAUUUUAAGCGCGAAGAAGCUUGUCAGAAUUAAUUGUUAUUUUUACAAACAAACACAUAUUGUAUAGUAUUUUUUUUAAUAUGUUAGCAUGAUCGCGUAGUUUCGGACAUUAUGUUUCCGCAGCCAAUUUUCAAAAUGUGCCAAAGUAUUUAUUUUUUAAUUGUGAAUGUGAUAUUUUUUAUUUCUUUUAGCUACCGAAUUUAAUUUAAUAUAAACAUUUAGGUUAAGAACAACGUAAAAUUUUAAUACAUUUUUAUUACUUGUAGUAAACUUUUGUGUAUGGCUUUUUCAAUAAAUGGUAUAGUAAAAUA